AUGGUUGAACAUCUGGUACCGCCAUUAGAACAGCAAUCCCAAGCGCAAAACCUACGAGAAGAUGCGCUCAGGCGACUCUCCCGGUCCCCUCACCCAUACCACCGACAACGAUUCGAAUUGCUGCAUGCAUCCGAAAGACUCGAGACCGAUGCUCCCCACGGACUAUCCCCUUCGAGUUCGAAUCGGAAUACAGACGAUGAGGGGCAGCAAGGGGCGCGGUUUUCGCCCGAAAGAUAUCGAGAGUCCACGAAUAGCGAUAGUGGCACCGAGGCUGAUGAUGAGCAUUUUCUGAAGGGUUUACCAGCUCCAAAGCUCCGGGCCCGCAAGGGCCUCCGAGGCGCAGAUGUCAAUCUCUCUAGAUCACCGAGUCCUCUUCCAUCCCCAGCAAUACAGAGCAUUGAUUCCACCAAGAAACUACAAGGCUAUCUGCGGAGUUUGGAUCGGCCAGCAUCAGGCUUGAAAGAGGAUGCUGUACGGAGGGUCGCAGAUAAGCUUCGACAGAAGCGCAGGGACGAGAUUGCAAGGAGAUUACUGGAGGCAGCGCUUUUGGGAGGCAUUGCUGGGAUAAUCUGUUUAAACCCCGAAGCAAGGCAGCUCAUAUGGCUUUGGAGAAGGGCUAGGGUCCCGAAGUGGCGCUUUAGACGUCCUAAGAUUUCAAGCCUGAGCAAGAAGUCUGGUCUCUUUGGGAAGCUUGGCGGCACCUACUUUGUUCCAAACGGCGCCCUUAGCGAUUCGAGCGACGAGGACACCAUAGGGAGAUGGGCCACACGUUCAUUCUCGUCCAAACUCCAGCUGAAAACCCAAAUCUCACCAGCAAAUGAGGAAGCAUGCGAGAAUUGGUCAAUAUCAGCCAUUGAACCUAAGAUGGAGCAUAAAUCUAGAAACAGCUUUGCAUGUGCGGAGCCCAACACCACGUUCAAUGUACAACGAAGACAUACGAUGUCAGCCGUUGCCGAUACUCCCAUCAAGUCUAACAAAAUGACCCGAUCAGGCCGCAGAAAGAGAACUGCAUCGUCAAGUAUCCAGUCAUUUUUCUCCCUGACACAAACGCAAGCAACUGCGCGAAAGUGGUUAUACGCAGGAUGGGUCUAUACCUGCAUACUAGUUAUAAUUUUGGGUCCCGUCAGGGAAUAUGUUGGGAUAUUCGCUCUCUAUGGAAACGAGCCGGUAGGAUGGGCCCUAGGCUAUCUCUUUGGAGAUCUUCCCUGGUUCAGGAUGGAGGUUGUAAAGGCCAACCUUCAGCGAUGGAUCUGCCUCCCGCCACGGAGUGGCGACGAGAACCAAGAGUCCUGCCACUUGGGUUGGGUUGAGCAUCUAAGGCAUGCUUCGUUCGGAGAAGCUAAUACUCGCUUGAUCCUUUGUGCAUACUGGUUGGCGAUCAUCGUGGUUGGUCUAGCGAUCGUUUUCCGCCUCUCUACCAUCUAUGAAGUUGAUACUCGACGGAAGGUCUUCCAUUUCAUGAUGGUAGCCAUGCUUCUUCCCGCCACCUACGUGGACCCAACAUUUGCAUCACUCGCACUGGGAUUGAUGCUUGCCACUUUCUUAUUGCUCGACUUAUUUCGGGCAUCUCAACUUCCGCCGCUGUCAAAAUCUUUGGCGUAUUUUUUAACUCCUUAUGUCGAUGGGAGGGAUCUCAAAGGACCCGUCGUCAUUUCACAUAUUUUUCUUCUCAUCGGGUGCGCCAUUCCGCUCUGGCUCUCACUGGGAACCCUCCCAAGGACUGGCAAAGGUUAUCUUCUUGGUUGGGAGGUUGCCACUAGGGAAGUCAGCAUGGUCAGCGGCGUCAUCUGUGUUGGUUUAGGGGACGCUGCAGCGUCUUUAAUAGGGCGACGCUUCGGCCGUCACAAAUGGAUUUGGGGGGGCGGCAAAAGCAUUGAGGGCAGCGUAGCUUUUGCUUCCGCAGUGAGUAUGGCGUUGGUACUGGCAAAAGCAUGGCUUAGAAUUGGAGGCUGGCCCGGGAAUAAUGAUAAUACCUGGGCCUUAACGGUUGGGAAGGCGGGCGUUGCUGCGACUGUGGCUAGUCUUACGGAGGCAGUGCUCACUGGUGGGAAUGACAAUGUUGUUGUCCCCAUUGUGCUUUGGCUUUGUGUUAAAGGGUUAGACAUUUAG